AGAAACAGACAACUGGACUAUAUUGUGUUUGUAAGAGACUGUUAUUAUGAAGAUGAUCUUGGGUCUGUGCUUGCUUUGUUUGGCCAUGGCUUUAAGAACAGCAGCUCCGCUCCUGAAGACCGAAAAGAUGGAAGAUAUGGCCGCACCAGAGGGAGAAGUCGAAGUGCUUAUGUUUGGUGUCAUACAGUUCAGCGAAUCCCUAAAAUAUGUUUAUGAAACCACAGAGGCUAAGAUAGAUAAAAUCAGCCAGAAAAUGAAAAGCCAUGAGCAGACCCUCAAAAAGCUGGGGAGGCAGACUGAGCAGGCUGCAGAGGUGGAAGAGCAGAUGAAGGAGGUGAUACAGCUGCUACAGGCCCAGAUGGCCAAGCAACAGGCAGACACCAAGACGACUAAAGACUGGCUGGCCAAUAUGGAGCUAGAAGAGGCAGAGCUGAGGACCAAAGUAGAGAAGUUGGAGAAGCACGUCAUAAACUCAGUACCACCUACCAGCGUCAAAGAUCUGCAGGAGAGAGCAGAGGAGAUAACCGAUGUCUUGAGAGGUUUACAACAUUUGACUGAGUUUCAAAAAGAGAUGAUUGAGACCCAGAAUGAGAAGCUCUCCAAACUGCUUCAGAGUGACAUAGCCGUUUAAAUUUCAUCAUGGGUCUCCCAGCCUUCAAUGAAUAAGACAAGAGCCAUCCACAUUUUAACUCUGUAUCGUCACCGGGGUUGGAAAUCAACGUUUGCGCCUACCUUCCACUGUGACUGGUGGAUUCAAAAAUCUACCAGUCACUCUAUUUUAACCGACAGCAAGAUAUAUUGUAAAUAUUAUAAUUAAGGCUUAUAGUAUUUAAGUAAGAUGCUU